AUGAGUGAUAAUAUCAAAGUAGUUGUAAAAGUCCGGCCACUUAUUAAACGUGAAAUAGACCAGAAGCUUUUUUACCAGUGGCGUAUUAACAAUAACACAUUGUAUCAAAUAGACCGAAGGGGAAAAGAUGUAGGUCCAAGUUUUACAUUCGAUAAAGUGUAUGACACUACGACUAAAACCGAAGAUGUGUACAAUGAUGUUGUCAAAAAUAUUGUUGAGGCCGCAACAAGAGGUUUCAACGGAACAAUAUUUGCAUAUGGUCAGACGUCCUCUGGCAAAACUUACACUAUGAGAGGCACCAAUAAGGUCCCAGGAAUAAUACCUCUUGCAGUAUUAAAUCUAUUUGACACUAUUAAAAACAUACCUGACAGAGAUUUUGUGGUUAGGGUGUCUUAUAUUGAAAUAUAUAAUGAAUCGUUGAUAGAUCUCUUGAAUUUAAGGAAUACAGUCAGAAUAAAAAAAACUCAUAGCGGUGUAAAAUUAUUUACUACUGAAAAAGUCACGGUUACACCAGAAGAAGUGCUGGAAUUAAUGAAAAAGGGUAACGUGAACAGACAUACCGGUUCUACACAUAUGAAUAAGAAGAGUAGCAGAUCACAUUCGAUCUUUCAAAUUACAAUAGAAUCCCGGGUACACAUUGAAGGUGCAGAGGAAGUUGAUGUGGUGAAUGUUUCUCUAUUAAAUUUUGUUGAUUUAGCGGGCUUGGAGAGAUCAGGAGAAACUGGUGCCACCGGCCUCCAGUUUAAAGAAGGGACACACAUCAAUAAAUCACUCUCAGUACUUGGUCUAGUCUUCAAACAACUGUCUGAAGAUCAAAACAAACAUGUCAACUACCGCGAUAGUAAAUUGACUCGUAUCUUACAAAAUUCUCUGGGAGGUAAUUCGAAGACGAGUAUAAUUUGUGCUGUCACACCAGCGGCUGUUAAGGAAACUAUAUCGACAUUACAGUUUGCAAAUCGCGCAAAAACCAUCAAGAACACUCCAGCCGAAAACCUUGUGGCCACGAGCUCUACCAUGAUACAAUCACUUACUCAAGAAGUAUCAUCGCUUAAAACAGAACUCGAGAUCAAAAAACGUCUGGAGUUAAACUUACAUAAAGACAACUGCAAUCUACAGGAAAAGCUCGCAAAUCUUCAGAGGUUGAUCUUGGAUAGUUUCGAUCAGAAUCGUAAUCCUGAUAUGAUUAGCAACGCUCGUAGAAAAUUACAUCAACCACGACGAGCGACCAUAUCAACUUUACAUACCAUACAAGAAGAAUAA